CACGAUUGAUCAUGAUUCAAGGUGGUUUGGUGUCAGCUUUAUCCACAGUGUCUUCACUCUUUCAUUUUCUUUAUGUAAGGAUUAAUUGGUGGGUGGUUCUUCACUUCACAGUGAGAUCGACAAGAGCAACCAUGAAAGUGCAACAAGUUCUUCACAUGAUAGGAGGAGAAGGAGAAAUGAGCUAUGCCAAUAACUCAACAUUACAAGUUUCUCUCUCUCUCUCUCUCUAUAAAUGUUCUAAUCUUUUAUUUUUUUUUACAGGGUACAGCAGUAUCAAAUGCAAAACAUGUAAUAAGGGAUGGCAUACAAGAUGUCUAUUGUACCAAUUUUCCUCCAUGUCUGGCAAUUGCAGACUUGGGUUGUUCUUCAGGACCCAAUUCAUUGCUUCUGAUCUCAGAGAUUGUAAACAUUCUUGACGAUAUAUGCCACCGGUUGGAUCACCCAUUGCCUGAACUUCAAGUGUUCUUAAAUGAUCUACCGGGAAAUGACUUCAACACCCUCUUUGCGUCUCUGCCCAAGUUCUAUGAGAAACUCAAGAAAGAGAAGGGUGAUCACUUCAAGUGUUACAUCACGGCAACACCUGGGUCUUUCUAUGGGAGGCUCUUUCCAAGCAAUGUUCUACACUUUGCCCAUUCUUCUUAUACUCUUCAUUGGCUUUCUCAGGUUCCUCGGGGGCUUGAGGGUGUAACAGGUAUUUCCUUGAAUAAGGGGAACAUUUACAUUGGGGAAUCAACCCCUCCAGACGUGAUCGAUGCUUACGUCAAUCAAUUUCAGAUGGACUUCACAGUAUUUCUCAAGUCGCGUUCAGAGGAACUUGUUCCUGGAGGUCAUAUGGUCCUGAACAUUGUAGGAAGAAGAAGCUGUAAUCAAUGGAAGAAAGAAGUUUUCAAACUCUGGGAAUUGUUGUCUAUGGCACUAAGAGAGAUGGUCUCAGAGGGGCUUGUUGAAGAGGCCAAACUGGAUUGUUUUAAUCUCCCUUACUAUACACCUUCUGCCCAAGAAAUAAGAGACACCAUUCAAAUGGAAGGAUCGUUCAGGAUUGAUUCACUAGAAACUUUUGAAAUCAGCUGGGACCCAGAUGACAUGGAAGAAGAUGAUGGAGAGGACAAAGAUUUUGUGAUUGAUACAUUCAGAAGCGCGCAGAACGUGACCAAGUGGAUGAGAGCCAUAGCAGAACCAAUACUCAUGAGUCACUUCAGAGAGGUAACGAUGGAUGAAUUGUUUCAGAGAUAUACCAACAAGGUUGCAGAGCACUUAGGAAGGGAGAAAGGCAAGUUUGUUACUGUAGUCGUUUCAUUGGCAAAUAUUAAGUAGUGAAUAAACAUGAUCAUCAAAAUGUAGAUUGUGCCUUAAGCAGCAACUGUCAUAGCCUGGAAUGGAUUACCGAGUUAAAAUAAUUUCAACCAAACCAAACUCAGUCCCAUUCAAAAUUUUACAAAUGCUCAACCCAACCUAUCACUUGAUUCGAGGGGUGAAAAUGUA